AUGUCCAACAAGUCAUCCAGGAGGGCAGAGAGCGGCCUCACGCGCACGGAGAGGUCCCGGGACCGACAUGACGGCGUCUCGAGCCACAGCUCGCGCCUGUCCCAGCUGGGCUCAGUGUCGCACGCGGGACCCUACUCCAGCGCGCCGCCGCUGUCUCACGCGCCUUCCUCGGACUUCCAGCCGCCCUAUUUCCCUCCGCCGUACCAGCCGCUCGCUCACUACCAGAGCCAGGAUCCGUACUCGCACGUGAGCGACCCGUACUCCCUGAACUCCCUGCACCAGAGCCAGCAGAGCGCGUGGGGCGCGCGCCAGCGGCAGGACGCCGCGGGGGACCGGAUGGAGAGCUCCGCCCUGCUGGCGCAGCCGCGGGCGUCGCUGCCGCAGCUGUCCGGGCUGGACCCGCGGCGGGACUACGCGGGCAUGCGGCGGCCCGACGUGCUGCUGCACUCCGCGCACCCGGGACUGGAGCCCGGCAUGGGGGACGGACUGUUGCACGGUCUGCACGGGAUGGAGGACGUGCAGACGAUUGAAGACACCAACGGGAUGAACAUCCUGGAUCAAUCUGUAAUCAAGAAAGUGCCCAUGCCGCCCAAGAACGUGGGCGCGCUGAUGCUCGGGAAGGACGGCCUGAUCGGCGGAGUGACCGUCAACAUCAACGAGGUGUUCUGUUCGGUACCGGGCCGCCUGUCGCUGCUCAGCUCCACCUCCAAGUACAAAGUGACCGUGGGGGAGGUGCAGAGGAGACUGUCCCCACCCGAGUGCCUCAACGCCUCCCUGUUAGGAGGCGUGUUGAGGAGAGCCAAGUCUAAAAACGGAGGGAAAUGUCUGCGAGAAAAACUGGAGAAGAUCGGGUUGAAUCUUCCUGCUGGGAGGCGCAAAGCUGCAAACGUCACGUUACUAACAUCUCUUGUAGAAGGUGAGGCGGUCCACUUGGCCCGAGACUUCGGCUACAUCUGUGAGACGGAGUUUCCCACCAAAGCUGUGAGCGAGUACCUGAACCGGCAACACGCCGACCCCAACGAGCUGCACACACGGAAAAACAUGCUGCUGGCCACAAAGCAGCUGUGUAAGGAGUUCACAGACCUGCUGGCCCAGGACAGGACUCCCCUGGGCAACUCGAGGCCCAGCCCCAUCCUGGAGCCCGGCAUCCAGAGCUGCCUCUCCCACUUCUCCUUCAUCACGCACGGCUUCGGCUCGCCCGCCAUCUGCGCCGCCCUCACCGCCCUGCAGAACUACCUCACCGAGGCCCUCAAAGGACUCGACAAGAUGUUCCUCAGCAACCCGCCCAACAACCGGCACGGGGACGCCGGCAGCAAGGCCGGCGACAAAGAGGAGAAGCAGCGGAAAUGAGGCGAGAGCAGAGAAGGGGAGUUGAUGAAGGAGAGCCGAGAGGGAGGCACUGACGGAGGCGCUACACGGCUUCUUCUAGCUUUACGCCCGCCGCGCAAAGGCUAAAGGUGGAGGAGGCCGGGGACGGCUUGGGAGAGAGAGAACGACACCCGUGGGCCAGUGUCAGAGAGCACAGAGGGAUUUUUCAUCUGUGUUACGUUCU